AUGGGCUGCGGUCUGUUUAAGGCCCCAGCGCCCCGCCUCCGGCUCGUCGGCGACCUCCCACCCCCUCGCCGCCGCUCCGCCAGUUCCAGACUUCCCUCCGCGAUGAGGUCAUCUCCCCGCUGCCCAUUGGCUGCACCGGGCCGUCAGUCACAGGAAGUCCCGCCGCCGUCCUCGCCUCCCUCCGCCACUGUCACUCCCCCUGCGGGAGGUGUGGGAGGCGGGAGGUGGCUGUGGUGGGAGGGCCCGCAGCUUCCGUGGCUGAGAGAAGCCGGCGGCGGCCGGGUCUGUGGUGUCCGCGGCGGCGGCGCGAGCGACCGUUCCAUCCUCCCCACCCCCUGGGCUGCGCUCGCCACACGCCCUCCGCUCGUGCCGACUCCUCCCCAGGUCCGCGCGCCUUGGCUGGACGCUGAGCCCCGGGAGGGGACGCGCGCGCUGGGAGCCGGAGCAGGGACCGCCGCGGAGCCGGGCCGGGAGGCGAGCGAGGCGUGAUCGAAGGGUAUGGUUGGCAUGGAAUUGAAUUUCGUCUGUCUGUGGGAAUUGUAAACAAGGUAGG